AUGGGCCUGAAGGGAACACAUGAAGUGUUUUCCUCUGCUCUAGAAUCCCUGAGCGAUCUGUCCACUGAGGAGCUGCGAGAGAGGCUACAGGAAGUGACCGAGGAGGCAGAGCUACUGCGCUGUGAGUUGGAGGUCACCAGUCGUCACCUGGAGGGAAAACACGAAGCACUGAAGAUCCUACAGAGUCAGAGUAUUCUAGACAGGGCGACCUCUCACACUAAGAUUCUACUCCAGAAGAGUGAGGAGAGGACCAAGGCUCUGGAAAAGGAAGUGAAUGGCCUGCAGUGGGAGAUCACAUAUAACCAGAUGCACUUCAAGAACUUUGAGCAGUCCUGGGAGCAGAAAUAUGUCAGAGUUUGCAGUGAGAAUAAGGCCCUGAGUGACAGCCUGGGAGACAGGAGGAGAGAGGUACAGGAGCUGAGGACAGAGAACACAGCUGUGAGUCAGCAGUGUUUGGAACUCCUAGCCAUGCUGAAUGUCCGGGAACAGAGAGCCUUCCAGGGGACCAAGCCUUCAUGCACCCAGGGGAGAGAGGAGGACCAGGGGACCAAGCCUUCAUGCACCCAAGGGAGAGAGGAGGACCAGGGGACUGUUCUGGAGAUUAACAUAGUGGCCAAAUUCUAA